GGGCACCCUCUAGCGAUGCAGCCUUUUGGCCUUCCGGGCUGUCAAUAUACACGGCUUAUCUUCUUAAGCCACAGAGGCAGCGAGAAGCGGUUGACAACUCAGCCCUCAGCGCCAAGGCCUCUGGGAAGCCGCAGGGGGGUGGGCAGAUGCUCCCUGCCCUGCCCUGCCAGGCCCUUGGCGGAUGCAUGGCCACCUCCUCCAGCUCAGUGUGAGGAGAACGGCGACCAAAGGGCCCGGUGCGCCCAGUGCCCAACAGCCGGCGGGGAGACCGGCGGGACUCCAUUACCCAGCGUGCCCCGUAGCCAGUCGCGGAACUGUGCUCGGAGCGGCUGCUGUGGAGGAGCCAUGGGGCACGUAGCGGGGCUCGCUCCGCUCCCGGCCGCCGCCGUCGUCCUGCUCCUGCUCCGCUGUUCCACCGCCGCCUCCCUCGCCCAGCGCGGCCGCGAGCCGGAGCCCAACGAGAGGCCCAUCGUCGGGAUACUGUCACAGGAAUGUCACUUUGAUGCCUUCCACAAAUACGGGAGUUCCUAUAUUGCGGCUUCAUAUGUGAAGUUCUUGGAGUCUGCUGGUGCCCGCAUUGUGCCCAUAAGAUUAAAUCUUUCAGAUGAAGAGUAUGAUAAAAUAUUCCACUCUAUUAAUGGAGUACUUUUUCCAGGAGGUGGUGUGGAUCUUAGGACUUCAGAAUACUCCAGGGUUGCUAAGAUAUUUUACCGCAAGGCAUUAGAGGCUAAUGAUAAAGGAGAUUAUUUCCCAGUAUGGGGAACAUGUCUUGGACACGAGUUGCUGACAUAUCUCACAAGUGGUGAAAUUUUACUUGUUAAUACCAAGACAAAUGGUUUUUCACUCCCUUUGAACUUUACAGCAGCUGCAAAACACAGUAGAUUAUUCAAGAAUCUUCCCACUGAUUUGUUUCAUGCCUUUGCUAAUGAGCCGUUGACAUCAAACUUUCACGUGUGGAGCAUUUCCAUGGAGAAUUUCACAAAGAAUGAAAAGCUGUAUAAUUUCUAUAAUAUUUUGACCACUAACACUGAUGAUGAAUUGGAAUUUAUAUCUACCAUGGAAGCAUACAAAUAUCCAAUUUAUGGUGUCCAGUGGCAUCCAGAAAAAAAUCCUUUUGAAUGGAAGAACUCAACAGGCAUUCCACAUUCCUCAUCAGCUGUAAGAGCUGCAUAUUACAUAGCUGACUUCUUUGUUAAUGAAGCCCGGAAGAGCCUGCACCGUUUCCCCAGUGAAGGUGAAGAAACAAAAGAGUUGAUUUAUAAUUAUACUCCAGUUUAUACAGGAACGUUUUCUUCAUUCCAGCAAGUCUAUUUUUUUGAUUGAGUAUCUUAUCAGAGGUGUGGCAGUGAUAUUGAUAAAUAGAAUUAUUUGCCUGCAUUGCAUAAUUAAACUGAUUUAAUGCAGUGCACGUGACAGAAAGACAGAAUAAUUAUCUUAUUUUACAAUAACUUAUCCUGUGUUUCUUCUGUACUGUAGGACCACUAAUCUAAAAUUUUACAUUCUAGAUCAUAAUGGCUGUCUUGGGUUAUUAUUUAUUGCUGAAGAAAAAUACCUUUUUCUUCUGGGAAAAGUUUUUUGAUUUUUUUUCCCUAUGAAUUUGGACAUUUUCAGGUUUAGUAUGAGGAAAAGCACUGCAUUCUCAUUUCAAAAUAUGGAGGUUGUCUCUGUAAAAUGCUGUGUGCUGUGAUAGCACUAGAGCUUUGGGUAUAUUGUAUAGUAAAAUCCUACCCUCUUCAUGUGAUUUAACAAAUGAGACAUUGGAUCUUGGGCUUGUAAAUUUGUCUAUGUAACCAAGUUCUUGAAAGGGAUUAUUUUGUUAUUUGAAAACAUUGUUCAAAAUCAUAAGUAAACGUGAUAGCAAAGAGACACUGACGGGGUGUGUUAUACCUGGUUCCUGAAACUUUGUGUUGUACAUCCAUUGCUGUUCAGAAAGAAGAUACCUUUUGAGGACUGUGUAAGUGUGAAGAUGCAUUUUAAAAUAGGCAUUGCAAAUAUCAGGUAAAAUAAGUAAGUGUGAAGAGCAUAGUUAUGUUGUUUCCACUUUCCGUUCUUUUUAAAUUCCAUUUAUAUGUAUUUGAAGAGCCUGUUUGAGAGUAACUGGAAUCAGAGGACAGAUAGGAGAUACACACAAAGAAACAGGUCUUUAAAAGAAUGUAAACCUAACUUCUGCUUUAUACACAUCCUAACUUCUUCUAUAGUUACUGAGUAGAAUUCUCAUUGUAGUUAAAGGUAGUUUUCCAUUCAGUAGAGACAGUAGUCUACUUGUGUUUUGUUGGAUAGUUAAUACAGCUGGAAUUUAAAAAAAUGAAUCUUAGAAACUUAGAAACAACUUCGAUGUUGACAUAAUUUUGCAUUUGGUUCUAUUAGUGAAAAUUUUAUAUUGUGUACAAAAACUAAGAUGAGACAAUCAACUAUAUAUUUACUUUACUGCACAGUUUCCAAACCACGUUAACAACAGUGGGGACUUGGAGUUUAUGAAAAAAAAACAGGUUCAUACCUCAGCUCUGUUUUGUAGUACCUUAAACUCUCCAGUACAACAGGCCAGAAGUAAUGCCUCCUAUUUACUUAUAUGGAAAUGAUGGUAGGUAGAUACAAAGGGCAGAACGUUUCCUCGGGAAUUCAAUUCCACCCCUUUGCUUCACACUUUCAUUUUGGAUUCCAUUUUGUCAGACCGACCCUCUGCUGCCAUGUGUCACACAGCAAUAAAAUAAUGGGAAUAUUGGUGGGACCAAUAACCUCUACUGCUGUACCACCACCAUCUGCCUCUGAUGUGGAGCCAUGUAAUAAAAUAGGAGGCAUUAUGUUCAGAGCAACCGUAUCUGAAUAAAGCUGGUACGUUUCUCAGGGUUUUUAAUUAAAGGACUCUCUAGCUUGUUCUUUUUGAUGAAACAGCUGCGUAAUAUAGAGAAUGUGAAAAACAUUAAUUAAAAUAAUAUAAAGAAACUCUAACUGUGACUACUGUAUGAACACUGCUUUGUAAUCACAAGCUUAGAUGUGUUGCAGUGCAGAUUAUUUCUACAUUUGCCAAAUUCACUGAAUUGAACUUUUUCACAUGAAUAACUUUAUUAUAUUAACUAUAUUUGUUGGUUCCUGAGUAGAUCCAGUGUAAAAGGACACGCUUGCUCUACUGUUGCAUAUAGAUGUGGCAGCUGAGAUGAAAUACUUACAAACAGAGUCUAGCCAUCUGUUUCUUAUUCAGACUGAGUUCUUUAGAAUAACUCUAAGGAUUUGCCUGAGUAAGAAGGGCAGGAUUUAGCCUUAAAACAGGGACCAGCUUGGCAAAUGAAAUAUCUGCUAACUGCUGUAGGAGUAAUUAGUUCUUAAGUGUGCAACUUCAAGGAAUAUUGUGUGUAAUAUGGUAAGAGAGUGGUGUAUUUAUCAUGAACUUGUAUGUGUUCCUUUUACAUCCUUUAUCUUGUAAAGUCAUUCUUGGUGCUAUCAGUGGUUCUUUUUUCUAUGAUAGUCUAAAUAAAGUUUAUUCAAGUAGG